GAGACUUAUUGACUGCUUUUUGUAUCAACACCUAUAUAUAUACCACCACCCGCGUUUGCAUUUCUCAUCAACCUCUUUUAACAUUAAAUUCUUUCUUGUGCUUGUUUCUCACAACUUGCAUAGAAGUGUACCCAAAAGACUUUUAGACUACCUCAAAAGACUUAAAGACUUUCUUCCAACUUCUUUGGUAUUUUUUUAGAUUUGUCUCUGCAUUGUUAAAGUAUUUGAAAGCAUAAACCAAAUGGCAAUUACUUCAAGAAAUCAAUUGUUGUCUAAGAUGGCAACUGGAAAUGGGCAUGGUGAAGAUUCUCCUUAUUUUGAAGGAUGGAAAGCCUAUGAUAGUGAUCCUUUUCAUCUUAUCGACAACCCUGAUGGGGUUAUCCAGAUGGGUCUGGCUGAAAAUCAGCUUUGUUUUGAUUUGGUUCAAGAAUGGAUUUUGAAUAACCCCAAAGCCUCCAUUUGUACGGCUGAAGGAGUUGAUGAUUUCAGGGAUAUAGCUGUCUUUCAAGAUUAUCAUGGAUUGCCACAGUUUAGAAAUGCUGUUGCAAAAUUUAUGGGGAAAGUGAGAGGAAAUCGUGUUGCAUUCGAUCCGGACCGCGUUGUUAUGAGUGGAGGAGCAACUGGAGCUCAUGAAAUGAUUGCUUUCUGUUUGGCUGAUCCUGGUGAUGCAUUUCUGGUGCCAGUUCCUUAUUAUCCAGGUUUUGAUCGAGAUUUGAGAUGGAGAACCGGGACACAAUUGAUUCCGGUUGCAUCUGGGAGCAAGAACGGUUUCAAAGUGACCAGAAAAGACUUGGAAGAUGCCUAUGAGAAGGCCCAAAAGGACAACAUCAGAGUAAAGGGUUUGCUUAUUACCAACCCAUCAAACCCACUAGGCACCAUCCUUGACAGAGAGACUCUAAAAAGUGUAGUAAGCUUCAUCAAUGAGAAAAACAUACACCUUGUCUGCGAUGAAAUAUAUGCUGCUACUGUCUUCGGGCAAGAAUUCAUAAGCAUCUCUGAGAUAAUCGAGGAUGACAUUGAAUGUAACCGUGAUCUUAUCCAUAUUGUCUACAGUCUGUCCAAAGACAUGGGGUUCCCUGGCUUCAGGGUUGGCAUUGUGUAUUCAUACAAUGAUGCGGUAGUGAGCUGUGCACGCAAGAUGUCUAGCUUCGGAUUAGUGUCCUCACAGACUCAACAUCUAAUUGCAUCAAUGCUAUCAGAUGACGAGUUUGUGGAGAGAUUUAUCAGGGAGAGUGCUAAGAGAUUACAAAAAAGGCAUGAGGACUUCACAUGGGGACUUUCUCAGGUAGGCAUUAAUUGUUUGAAGAGCAAUGGUGGCCUCUUUCUCUGGAUGGAUUUGCAUAGGCUGCUCAAGGAGCAGACAACCGAAGAAGAGAUGGUUUUGUGGCGAGUAAUAAUCAAUAACGUCAAGCUCAAUGUUUCACCUGGUUCUUCUUUCCAUUGCCCUGAAGCAGGAUGGUUUAGGGUCUGCAUUGCCAACAUGGACAAGGAGACCAUGGAAGUUGCUUUAGCAAGAAUUCAUAACUUCGUAAACCAAAAUAAGGAGGUUGUGGCGCCAAGAAAGAAGAGGGUCCUUGGCAACCUCAAUCUCUGUUCGUCAUCGAAAAGGAUGGAUGAGUUCUUGAUGUCACCUCAUUCCCCCCUUCCUCAAUCACCCCUGGUUAGAGCCAGGACUUAAGAAGGUGGAAUUGGGUUAACUUUAACCAUUUACAAUGAAACUAAAGAAACCUCAAUGGUUUUCUUUAAUUUCUGAACUUGAUGCUAGGCUAUUUUCCUUUUUUUUUUUUUUUUAAAUAUAUUUAUUUUUCCCUGUAAGUAGAAGAGAGGUGGAUAUACAUUAAUUCUUUAGGAUGAAAGUAGUCGACCAAUGUCGCAGUGACCAUCUAAUGGCUGCUCUUUUUGCACCCUGUGGUAUUACAUUGGCUCCAUUAACGUAUAAUCCUACUUUCGCUUGCCUGCAUGCAUUAUUAGUUUUUUUCCUUUCUCACAGCCCAAAAUUGUAAGUGAGAAAGGUUUAUCUGUUGUAACAUUUCUUAGCUCGUAAUGGAGUUUGAAAAGAAUUCAUUUCUCAAAUAAAUGACUGUGCAGUUUUGAA